UGUUCUUGUUGAGGACCCCGAGUCUGUAUGCAACACAAAUCUGAUUGGACUAUCAACAACAACAACCACUUCAUAGCUUCAAGAUGGCCGUCCAGUCUCAUCCACCGAUCACGAUCUUGAACCUCAACAGGAACUCAAACGAACACCACUAUGGGGCAGAAGCAGUGACCCAGAAGCAGUAUCUCAGGAAGACCAACAGGGGGAAAGUACAGAAACUGUGCAGAGAACACUACCUUCGAAACGAUAUUCCCUGUGGCUCGAGUUACUGUUCGGACUGCCAACGGAUACUAUCGACCAUCCAAUUGGGCCAUGGACAGCUUCACCCUCAAGACGGCACAGACCAGGCUGAUCGAAUGGAGAUCGAGGAGUCGAGCGAGAGCACGAAGAAACGGAGGAAGAUACUCCUGCUCAGUGAGAGCGGAAGGACGGGCCAUCGCAAGUACACCAACAAGCACUACCUCGUACUCGAUACCAACGUCGUCCUGCGCCAGAUCGAUUUACUCGAAGCUACCAGCUUUGGCACUGAUCUCAUCGUUCCCCAGACCGUCCUCGACGAGGUCCGACAUCGCUCCCUGCCGAUCUUCAACCGGCUCAAGAGUCUCAUCAACGAGACAGAUUCAACGGGCAGGUUCAUCCGGGGAUGGAUUUUUUGGAACGAGAGCAGAUUCGAUACUCACGUUAGACGCGAGCCGGAGGAGUCGAUCAACGACCGCAACGACCGAGCUAUCCGGGAGGUCUGCACCUGGUACAAGGCUCAUCUUGGAUCCCACAAGAUCGAUGUCGUCCUCCUCACCGACGAUCGGGCGAAUUUCGACAAAGCUACUCAGCAGAAAAUCCAGGCCUCGACCACCAAGGAGUAUGUGGAGCAUAUGGCACAGGAAUCUGCCCAACUCCUCCUCGAUCUGGUUGCCAGUACUGGAUCAGCAUUCGAAUCAGAUGACCCCAAUAACGCCCAAAAGGAGAAAAUUAAAUCCAACUUCUAUCAGGAGUACCUGCCAUUAGGUCAAAUCCAGAGUGGGAUCCAAUCUGGGCAUCUUUUCCAGGGCACCUUCCGACCUAACCCAUACAACUAUCUCGAGGGCUCCAUCUUUCAUGAUAAUUUUGAGAAACCAGUGCUCCUUAUCGGGCGAGAAUCAAUGAACAGAGCCAUCGAUGGUGAUGUGGUGGCAGUCGAGCUCCUACCACGAGAAGAAUGGAAGUCCUCUACUGACGAUGUGGUAGUCGAACAGGAUGUGGUGGGCGCGGCAGAGGAUCCGGACCCAGAAUCGGCAGGCUCAUCUUUAGAAGAAGAAACAGAACAAAAGGAAUCGAGGACGAUCUCGAAGACGAGCAAGAAGACGGGCGCGGGAACUACUAGCCAGCCGACGGGAAGAGUGGUGGGGGUAAUCACACGAAAUUGGAGGCCGUACGUCUGUCACAUCGACCGAGCCUCGAUCCCAAUCUCAGCACUCCAAUCGAGUCUCUCGGCCCAUGCGGUCUUCGCCAUGCCCCUCUCGCGCUCGGUGCCCAAGAUCCGGAUCCGGACAAGACAAGCCUCCACACUGGCCAACCAGAAGAUCCUCGUCUCCAUCGACCGCUGGGAGCCUAGCUCGAGGUACCCCGAAGGCCACUUUGUGAGAGCCCUUGGUAUCGUCGAGUCCAAGGACACCGAACAGGAGAGUCUCUUGCUCGAACAUGAUAUCCCAUAUCGUCCAUUUGGAAAGGCCAUCUUGGAUUGUCUACCCCCCGCUGGCGACAAAUGGAUCGUACCCGAGAAAAACUCUAGUGCCUUGUGGAAUGAUCGCGAGGAUUUCAGGGAGCUGAUGAUCUGUAGUAUCGACCCCCCUGGGUGUCAGGACAUUGAUGAUGCUUUACACGCAAGGAGAUUAGCCAAUGGCAAUAUUGAGGUCGGCGUUCAUAUUGCCGAUGUAUCUCAUUUUGUUUUACCUGAUACGCCGAUGGAUGUGGAAGCAGCUUCAAGAGGCACGACGGUAUACUUGGUCGAUAAACGGAUCGACAUGCUUCCGUCACUCCUAGGGACCAACCUAUGUUCACUGAAGCCGGAGGUUGAGCGAUUAGCCUUUUCGGUGAUCUGGGAGUUGCGGGAGGAGGACAGCAAGAUCGAGGCAGUUCGGUUCACGAAAUCGGUGAUCAAAUCCAAAGCGGCGUUCACCUAUGAGGCUGCACAGAUCCGGAAAGAUGACAGUAGCUUGAAGGACGAGAUCUCAGAGUCGAUCCGGCUUCUCAACAAGUUGGCCAUCCAGCUCAAGAAGUCACGGAUGGACAAUGGCGCCCUCAACCUGGCCUCCCCUGAAAUUAAGAUCCAUAUGAGCUCCUCCGAGUCCAGCGAUCCGGUAGAUGUCGAGCAAAAGGAAUCCAGGGAAACUAAUAGCUUGGUCGAGGAGUUCAUGUUGCUCGCUAACAUUAGCGUUGCCAGGCGGAUCUAUGAAUCGUUUCCCCAGACCGCCGUCUUGAGGCGUCACAAUCCGCCGCCGAAGACUAACUUUGAAGUCUUACAAGAUGUCCUUCUCAAGAGACGUGGCUUGGAACUUGACGUGUCAAGCUCAGCUAGCUUGGCCAGUUCCUUAGAUAAAUGUAUCGAUCCGGACGUUCCUGCUUUUAAUACUCUCGUUCGAAUCAUGGCCACCCGUUGUAUGUUGCCUGCGGAAUACUUCGGCUCAGGCUCGGUCUCUAAAGAUACUUUUGGUCAUUACGGUUUGGCUAGUGAGAUUUACACCCACUUUACAAGUCCAAUUCGACGAUAUGCGGACGUGCUAGUCCAUCGACAGCUCCAAGCAGCUAUCACUGAAGCCCCGCUACCCACAUCCAUGAACUCGAAGUCCUUUGUAGAAAAGAUCAUGUUGAACCUCAACAAGCGGCACAACUCGGCCCAGAAAGCUGGGCGUGCGAGUGUCGAAUUCUACGUCGCCAUUGCGAUCAAAGCCAAACAACAGCAACAAUCUUCUUCUACCGUCCCUCGAACAAUUUCGGAUGGGGACCGCCCUCCAACUGCUUUUGUCUCUGCCGAAGCUUUCGUCAUUCGGACGUUUAGAAACGGCCUCGCGGUUUUCGUCUCUGAGUACGGCUUAGAAGGCUUGAUCAAGUUCAAGGAGGACCAAGAGUACGACGGGGAGCGAUACGAGAUCGGAGUAAGACGCGGAUCGAAGGCGGCGUCUUCAGCCAAGCAGGGCCAGGAGGGCGACCUCGGAGUGGUCAAGAUCGGCAUCUUCGAUAAGGUCUUCGUCGGCAUCUCCACCGAACAGGAUCGCUCAACUCAACGCGGUAGAGUCAAAAUGGUGCUCUUGAAGCCCGUCGAUUCUUCCGAUCUAUAGGCUGCUUCAUUGUCUCCUCUCUUAUUCUUAUUCUCGUUAUUCCCUUUUUUGCUUAUUGUUUGCUGUCUUACUAUCUUAUCAAUAUAAGAAAAACAUCCUGACUUCUUUCUCUCUGUUCAUCUCCCAGUUACCUCAUCUUUUUGUUUCUUUCCCUCAUAUUUCAAUUUUUAAAUACUUAUUUGUGAAAUGAUGAGCGUUUUCUUUUGAAGUAUAACUACUAUCAAGUACAUAAAAUUUCUUUUCUCUCGCUUCUCUACGCCCCAGAUGGGCUAUUUAUUUCCCCCAAAAAUUAUUAAGAACUUGUGUGACAAGACUUUUUCUGCUGGGUCUUCUAUUGAGUUUGGUUUUUUGAUGUGUUUUUAAGCAAGUGAAGUGAAUCAACUCAGUA